AUGUUUUUAGCGAACAGAUGUUGUCAUGUCAUUGUCGAUCGACUCAAAUUUGCAUUCGACGCAAAUGUGAAGUUUGGCCGGUACUGGCGGUGAAAAUUUGGUCUAUAAUCUAUAAUUUGGUUUGAAAUAUAACAAAUAUACACAUAACUUAUGUAUUAUGGCAUUUAUUUGAGAGUUCUGUCAUAUAUUGGCACAAAAAUCAAGGGUUUGAGAAUUGAUCUCAAAAUGUGUGACCAUGACGCUGCGCACGUGUCAUACGUGGCAUUUAAAAAUUAAUUCAUGCAUUUUUGUUUUGUAUGAAGCAAGAUAGCACUAUGUAUCAGUAUGCUUACACUGUUUAUAUGCUUCUGGGGGAAUUUUAAAAUUAAUUCAUGCAUUUUUGUUUUGUAUGAAGCAAGAUAGCACUAUGUAUCAGUAUGCUUACUAUGCUUCUGGGGGAAUUUUAAAAUUAAUUCAUGCAUUUUUGUUUUGUAUGAAGCAAGAUAGCACUAUGUAUCAGUAUGCUUACACUGUUUAUAUGCUUCUGGGGGAAUUUUAAAAUUAAUUCAUGCAUUUUUGUUUUGUAUGAAGCAAGAUAGCACUAUGUAUCAGUAUGCUUACACUGUUUAUAUGCUUCUGGGGGAAUUUUAAAAUUAAUUCAUGCAUUUUUGUUUUGUAUGAAGCAAGAUAGCACUAUGUAUCAGUAUGCUUACACUGUUUAUAUGCUUCUGGGGGAAUUUUAAAAUUAAUUCAUGCAUUUUUGUUUUCUAUGAAGCAAGAUAGCACUAUGUAUCAGUAUGCUUACACUGUUUAUAUGCUUCUGGGGGAAUUUUAAAUUUAAUUCAUGCAUUUUUGUUUUGUAUGAAGCAAGAUAACACUAUGUAUCAGUAUGCUUACACUGUUUAUAUGCUUCUGGGGGAAUUUUAAAAUUAAUUCAUGCAUUUUUGUUUUAUAUGAAGUAAGAUAAUACAAUGUAUCCAGUAUGCUUAUACUAUUUACUUUUUUAUAGUGAUGAAGAACCUGCUGAUGAAGAAGAUGAUGACCUUGAAGAAGAUGAUGACCUUGAAGAAGAAGAUGACCUUGAAGGAGAUGACGAGGAUCAGGAUUGGGAGGGUAGUGGUGAAGCGGGCCGACCCCCAACUAAGAGACGGGCUGAUUCCCUUAGCAGUACUUCUGGCAAUAGGGGUAGGGGGGGUAGGGCUGGUAGGGGCAGGGCUGGCAGGGGUAGGGCUGGCAGGGGUAGGGCUGGCAGGGCCAGGGGUGGCAGGGCCAGGGGUGGUGGGACUGCCAAUACUAGCAGUAAGUCUUACAAUGACGCGGACACCAUGCAUGACCUCCCUCCCUUUCAACCAAACCGUCCGCCUGGAAUUCAUUUUGAUAGGCAAGUCUUGCGGGGAGCUAUGACAACUGAACUAGAGUUUUUUCGUCUCUUCUUCACCACCGAGAUGAUAACAUCAGUUGUUGCCCACACCAACAGCUAUGCAUACAUGAGACUUAUAGCUGGGGGGUUUACUACUUACACCACUGGUGAGGGGGCUUGGCAAGAAACGACUGAUAAUGAAAUAAAUCAUUUGAUUGCUCUUUUGAUUUAUUUUGGUCUGGUACGUGUGGACUCAGUCGUAGAAAAGUAUUGGAGCACAAAGACCCUUUACCACGGUCUGUGGGCAAGGAAGAUACUUUCCCGUACCCGUUAUAAAGCCCUUAUGGCAUUCUUACAUGUGGUAGAUCCCGCCGACGAGCAGCCUGGCGAUAAACUGCGCAAGGUUGAGGAAUUUCUUGCGGCAUUCAAAGAGAGAUGCCAUGCGUCAUAUCAACCGAGCCAGAAUAUUGCUGUGGAUGAGCGUAUGGUCAAGUCUAAACAUAGGUCGGGCAUUAGGCAAUACAUGAAGAACAAGCCUACAAAGUGGGGGAUAAAGCUCUGGGUAUUGGCAGACAGUUCUAAUGGGUAUACUAUUGAUUUCAACGUUUAUAUAGGUAAGUCGGAGCAUGAAGUGCCGUCGGGUAAUGGUCUGGGUUAUGAUGUGGUGAUGAAGUUGGUGGAUCCAUAUUUGGGGCAGGGGUAUCAUGUAUUUUUUGAUAAUUUUUUUACAUCCCCUCAGUUAGUCCAAGAUCUGUUUUUGCAUGCAACCCCAUCAUCAGGUACAUGUAGAACUAACAGGGCGGGUUUCCCCAAGUCCUUGAGGAAUGUGAAGGUGUGGGCAAAGAAGUUGGAGCGAGGAAGCAUGCGAUGGGAGCGGGAAUCAAAUGUGUUAGCCAUCCAAUGGGUUGAUAACAAGGCUGUUUCCUUGCUAACAUCAAUUGAUUCCGCGAAUGAGAAAGCGUUUGCAACGAGAAGAACGAAGGUAGGAGGUGCAUUUGAACGCGUAAAUGUAGACCAGCCCUAUGCAUUUUAUAGAUAUAAUCAGUACAUGAAUGCAGUAGAUAGGUCGGAUCAAAUACUUGCAUGCCAUAAUGUAUCCCGUAAGUGUUAUAGAUGGUGGAAAACUUUAUUCUUCCACUUAGUAGAUAUGGCAGUUGUUAACGGUUUUCUUCUUUUUCAGCAGCAUCGUGCAAGCGACCCGGAUAAUCCGGCUUUAUACCGUAGGUCUACUUAUACUAUUGUUGAUUUUAGGGAGGAAGUAGUUGGGCAAAUUUGUGGGUUGGUAGAAUAUGAUAAUCCUCCUGUGUAUGAGGCAAUGCAGGCUGUUCCUCGCCAUGAUCAGUUUUGUGUUGUCCAUAUGCCUAAGACUGCUGAGAAGAGGAAGCAUUGUGUUGUUUGUUAUGGGAAAGGUUUGGGGCAGAGGUAUGUGUAUACUUAUUGUAGUGCUCCGCAGUGCAAUAAUAAACACAUGCAUGUUGGUGCUAAGUUUGAUUGUUUUGAGGUAUGGCAUAGUAGUGAUUAUACUGGUAAGAGAACAUGAUCACGAGUAUUUCUGCUUUUGCUUGUUUAGGUAG